GAAUUGAGACGCUCGCGUGAUUUCGUUCCAGGACCGGGUGAUUCGACGGUUACCGAUUCCCAAUCUUCGUCUUGCCAAAAGCCGUCCGAGUUUUCCGCCUGCAAACAGGAGGAGGAACAGACCCGUGAACAAUUAGCUCGGGUGGAAGUAUCAGGGACUCAAGAGGGAAGCCGAGAAGAUCUAGACACCGAAGAGUUGGAUACGUCUCACGCUUGGCAUCGGGUAGGUCGGGCUCAAUGGAAUUCGGGAAACAACCUCCAACAACAGCCGCUUCAGCCUCCUAAUCACACUCCCGCUCAUCCUCGCCAGCGCUACCCCAGCGGCCCACAUGGUGACGCUGAUUCAAAUGUGCCAAGCACAACCAAUGCUCCCCUUAGGCCGGCACCUGACACUCGUCGCGGUGGUCACGGGGACUGGUCUCGAGGCUGUGCCGGCUGGCGUCAACGCUCUUACAGUGGUAGUGAACGUGCAACCGUUGUAGUUGGACAACAUCCCCGUGGUCGAGGAACCGGGACGCUUUUCGGAUCUGAGGCUGAUGACUCUCACGCGCGGGGUCGAGGUCGCGGUCGGGGCUUGAAUUCUGGUGCUGGUGUUGGUCGGUUUACCUUCUCACAUCGAGGUGGCGGCAUUGGUCGGGCUACGCAUAGUAACAUGCAAGGCAGCCUUCGGUCCGCUGCUCCUAGUUCUGGUCCUCCACCGGUAAUUUAUUCUUUUGAUAAGUCCUAA